ACGCGCAUCAUUUUCGACAUCGGUUAUUGGAGGAUGUUGCCACAGAGGUGACUGAUGUAAUCAAAUGCUUCCCCCUUCAGUGUGCUCUCAUUCGCUGAGGGAUAGGGCAGCGGUGUUCGUCGCCGUGUAACUCUUGAGCGAUUAAACUGAUCGGAACAUUUUUAAAUAAAAAUAAUAUUUUUAACGAAACACUACUCCGGUAUAUUCGGUCCCGUUACGCGGAUAUUCACCGCGGCGACUUGGAAAGAAAUUUAUGCCAACAGAAGCGAGUGGAGAGAGCGGCUACGGACUACCGUCCACGGGAGAUGCUGGUAACUCGGCGGAUGUAAACCUCCGCAUUGUGUCAACAUGGCUCCAGCAUCCUCCGUGACUGCUGCUUCCCUCGCUGUGGCGUUUUUUGCCUGAAAAAUGGCUAGUGGUCGAUGGGUUCGCUCCAGCUGCCUUCCCCCCGCCGUGGACGCCCAUGAGAGGAGAGUGAUAUCGGCCAAUGUGAGCUCUGUCUUCGAUUUGACCGAGUCGUUUGAGGCCUACUCUGCCCUAAGGAUCAAGUUUUUCCAUCGCUCGCUGCUGCUGCCUCUGAUCGCUUCGUCCAUUCUAAUUUUUUGAGGAUUCUUAGUUUUCUUUCUGCGAACACCACCCCCCCCCCCAGCCACCAUCGUUCUGUUCUGAACAGACUCCCCGGUUUCUGGCAGCGGGCGGUGGGCCGCAGUCUCCAGCCGCUCGAUGCGCUCUGCUGGGAUUUGAUUUCAGGGCUUUUCGAUUUUUUUUGUGGAGCAAAAUUGAUUCUGUGACAUAUCGCCGGGCAUGAUUUUUUUAGUAAACACUUGUAAUUCUCAUUUCUCCGGACAUUAUUCUGGAAAAACAACUUCCCUUUCGGCGGGGAAGGGGGCUGCUUGCCUCCACUGACCAAGAGAGGGCUGCUGUAGAGCGGUCUCUGAUGUCCGCGCUGUCCGCUAGACUUGUUGUUUAGUGCGGGGCCACCAAGGUGCUGAAACUACUACGACACGUAGGCUACAGGACGCUCGCCUUAUCCUCUCAGGUUUAAACCAUGGCAAAUGAACCUGUGAUCCUUAAUGUGUAUGACAUGUACUGGAUCAACGAGUAUACCUCUAACCUGGGCAUUGGGGUCUUCCACUCAGGCAUCGAGAUCUACGGCCGAGAGUUCGCGUACGGCGGGCAUCCGUACCCGUUCAGCGGUAUCUUCGAGAUAAAUCCCGGGAACGCCAGCGAGCUGGGAGAGACCUUCAAGUUCAAGGAGGCCAUAGCGCUCGGCACGACGGACUUCGCCGAGGAAGACAUGGACAAGAUCAUGGAGGAGCUGGGGAAGGAGUUCAAGGGGAACGCCUACCACCUCAUGCACAAGAACUGCAACCACUUCUCCUCCUCCCUCUCCGAGCUGCUGUGCGGACGCGAGGUUCCCCGCUGGGUGAACCGGCUGGCCUACUUCAGCUCCUGCAUCCCCUUCCUCCAGAGCUGCCUGCCCAAGGAGUGGCUGACCCCGGCCGCGCUGCAGAGCCACAUCAGCAUGGGCCUGCACAAGGACGGCCACGGCGACCCCAGCGACGAGGACCGCUCCUCGCCGUCGUCGCCCACGGGCGCCGGCGGCAGCGGCACCGCCUCGGGCUCGGGCUCCGGUUCGGGCUCGGGCUCGGGCUCCUCCCACAGCUGCCGCCACACGCGCGUCUGAGGGGCGGGUCUUUCCCGGCCCCGUCUCCUCCGGCUCCUUCUCCCCUCCUCGUCCCCGCGGCCCCCGGCGACCUCUGACCUCCUGAACAGCACAGCCUCGCGGUCGCCGCCGUACGACCCCCGAACCAACCAACCACCUGACCUCACUCUGCCCCGCCUCCGGGUGCGGAAGGAGGCGGGGACAGAACAGAAGGAUGACCUCGUCUUGGACCUCAUCAGAGGAGCGGAGCGAGACCCCCCCCUCCCCCCCCCGAGGCGGCCGGACCGCCGCGCUGUGAGACGGACAGGCAGACGGACGGACAGGUACCCCGCGGUGCGCUGAGAAGGUGCUGAACAGGCUCCUCCUCCUUUUCUUAGUAGUUGUGUUUAGUAUUUUUCCAUGAACCUCUACACCCGUGUCAGCCUUUUACCCACCACCCCUCCCACCCCCUCUGGCUAGCUGAGACGACACAGGCUACCAGGAACUCCUAACCUGCUGGCAGUCGGGCAAUACUUGUUGGAUAACCUCUACGUGGCCUUGUAUUCAUACUACUAACCCAUGCCCCCCCCCCCCCCUCCCUCAUCUGGAAGAGGUUUCCGAUGGACCGUUGUUGUUUUUACAAUCUGAAAUAGUAACCUCUAGAGUUAUCAAACGUCCCGGCUAGACAAUGCCUCAACCCAAAACCUUCUUGACGGUGGAUUUAGGUAAAGGUCAUUAAUGAGCAGGUAGGGGUUAGGGCAUCUUGCUGAAGGAUUUGAGCAGACUUGGGAAUUGAUCCCAGUACAUGUCGACUUGGAGUCUAAAACCCGACCUUCCAGUGACCACUUAAAUAAGCUGAAUUGAUACAACCCUGAGGGCCUAGUUAGUCAUAUGUACAAUUAAUGGUUAUUUCCAUGUAAUUAUCCCCACUGACUCACAUGUUUAUAUUUCCAGACCAACAAUACGUUUGACAGUAAAAAACUUCAAUGGAAGUAGCUUUAUGGCAACCAGAUGCAAUGGAGAAUCAUGGGAAAUGUAGUCUUUAUUCCUGAACAUGCUCCUCUCUCUUCUUUAGCCUUUAACAUGCCCGUCAGCAUCUUAGGGGCCGCAUAUAUGAAUGGAAACAGAGGUUUGUGGUCGUAAAAUAUUUAUAACGUAGAUGGGUAAUGUAAACUUUGAGCCAUUUCUAAACCUUUACAAACACUGUCUGAUUUAUUCUGGUUCCUCUAUCUGUCAUUGAGGAACUGGAAAUGUUCAGUACAGUCAUGUUGAUGAUGUUUGAGGACAGGAGAUUUUUAUUUUGAAGCAAAUCAAUGUAAAACGAAGCAGCUCUAUAGACAAUAAACAAGAACCUGACUUUCUCAAAAAGCAGUGGAUGCUCUUAACUUUUAUAAUGAAGGAAACUUUAUAUUACAACAACAAAAACAACAGCUGUGUAACUAACUUCCUCCGUUUGAAAUGCAGUUCUAACCUGUACUACUGCAAUGUUCUUCUACACCAAGUGUCUGGGUGGAGCUCAGCCUAAUCACAUUGGUUCUCCACCCAAAACUCCACUAUCAUGGCUUUAUAUUUGUUGACAAAAGGCCUACAUACCUGCUAUAUACAGGUAGCAUUAUACAAGGAUAAUGUGAUUCAACAUGAAUUAUUCUGCCCAUUAUAUUUCUGUGUAUAUUAUUUAGUUAGAACCAAGAACAGUGGCCCUUUAAAGAAAUGAAACCUUUAAUUAUUGUAAUUCUUAAUAUGUUAAUUCAAUAUUGAUUACUUAAUUCGUAUUAAACAAUAUGGUGCUGAACUUUAACCCCCUUGGUCUGCGGUCUGCGGCUGUAUUUGUCCAAAUGAGAUGGAAAUGGAAAAUGAAUGAAUCAUUGUUUUUCAGUACAGACAACUGUUUUUGUUGUUUUGUGUUACUGAUUCAAUGCAGGCUGUCGGUACAGCAUUUUUAAAUCUCCAAGCAUGUGUAUCAUUGAAUUGCCAUGUGUUAACGUUGUUAAAUCUGAAACAUUAAUCCAUUCAUGGGCUAUCCUUAGUCUAGCGACCCCUCUCUCAGGAAGGUAUAUGUGGCCAUUCAAACAAACUUAACAAGUGUAUAACAAGUCUAGUUUAUGGAUGUAUGUGUAAACCAUCUAUUUUAAUGUAUUUAUUUUUUCAUCACCGGUUAAGUCCUGUUACAUUUCAUCAUGUGUCUAGCGUUUUAUAAUGGUUUUAUUUGACGGUUUUUAAUAUUAUGAUUGAUUACACUUUGGAUUGAUUGCAGUAUUCCAUGCUCAAAACAUUUGGACCGACUGACAGCCAAAAAACCUUUUGAUCUCCAUUGUAUUGUGACAUCCGUAACCAUGUAUGUUCCUUUCCUAAUGCAAGAAAGUUUCGAACGGUAUGCUGUAUUAGAAUAAAUUCAGACAAAUCAAAUAACAAUGAAACUUUCUGUAUAUCCUA